AUGGCCAAGUGCCCGCUGCUGCUGCUGCUGCUGCUGCUGCUGGGCUGGGUGCUGGCCGGGGACCUGGCGCGGGGGGCCGAGGCUCGAGCGGCGCCCUAUGGGGUGAAACUCUGUGGCCGAGAAUUCAUCCGAGCUGUCAUCUUUACCUGUGGGGGUUCCCGGUGGAGGCGCGGGGACUUCCUGACCCAUGACUUGCUGGGAGAGGUGUUCUCAGACGCAGACUCGGGAGCAGAGAGCCUGGCGGGCGAGAGGGACGAGGCCGUGGGCUCCAGCGAAUGGCUGUCCCUCACCAAGCCCCACCAGGCCUUUGAUGAAGGCCGGCCGAGCUGGCAGGGCCCCCCCGGGGCCCCGCGGGGGGGCCGGGAUGUCCUGACCGGCCUCUCCAGCAACUGUUGCAAGUGGGGCUGCAGCAAAGGUGACAUCAGCAGCCUCUGCUAG